UCGGGCCGCCCCAGGGGCGGCGUCUUCUCCGCACGCACAGACCCUUGGCGCCAAGCGUCGUCGGGACGGAGAAUGUGGGGUGAAUGAAGGAUGUGGGGUGAAUGAAGGAUGGCACCUAGGCUGAGUCAGGGUGCUGGGCUCCUUUAAGAUGUUAGAGCAAGAAGAGAAUGGCUUGUUUGAAAUACCAGAUUAUGAAUAUGUAGAAGAUGAAACUUUUCCUCCAUUCCCACCUCCAGCUUCUCCUGAGAGAGAUCCUGCAGAAGUGGAACCUGAUGAAGAAUCAGGGAGAGGAGCACCAGUUCCUGUACCACCAAAGAGAACAGUUAAAAGGAAUCUACCCAAGCUAGAUGCUACUAGAUUAACCUCUGAGAGAGGGCUUCCAGCCUUAAGGCAUGUGUUUGAUAAGAUAAAAUUCAAGGGGAAAGGUCAUGAGGCUGAAGACUUGAAAACGCUAAUCAGACACAUGGAGCACUGGGCACAUAGGCUAUUCCCCAAACUGCAAUUUGAAGAUUUUAUUGACAGAGUUGAAAACCUAGGAAAUAAAAAGGAGGUUCAGACCUGUUUAAAACGAAUUCGACUUGAUCUCCCUAUUAUACAUGAAGAUUUUGUUAGCAAUAAUGAUGAAGCUGAAGAAACUAAUACCCUUGAUGCAACUGCUGCUGGAUUUGAUCCUUUUUUGACAAGCUCAUCUGACAGCAGGAAGUUGGCGUCUGAAUCAAGUAGAAGCCUAACAGAAGAACAGCAACAGAGAAUUGAGAGAAAUAAACAGCUGGCCUUGGAAAGAAGGCAGGCAAAGCUACUGAGUAAUAGCCAGUCCCUAGAAAAUGAUGUGUCAGUGAAUACAUCUUGGGCACAGACAGUAGAAGAGAGCGGUACUGGUGAGGAUCAAGAAGAAUCAAGCGGAUUAAACACAGACACUGUAGAUGCCCCACACGAUGUUCCUUCUGCCGGUACAAAUGAAGAAGAACAGUUCAAAGCAGAGGAAAAACAGCUGGACCAUACUAACAGAGACUAAUCCAGAAAUGUUCCAAGUAGCCAGAUUCCUACAACAGAAUCCUGCAAAUUUGGGGUUAUUUGUAGAUCUUUCUACUUUGUAUAAGUCUGAGUCCUAAGACUUCAUAUGGAUUCCUGCUUAAAAUGCAAUGUGUCUCCUACUAGCUAUUUUAAUACAUCUAUUUAUUAUUUUUGGUGUUCUGUAUAAAUUCAGCUUUAUAAGCUGUUUGCAGUUUGCACUGAAUUCUUUCACUAAAUUGGGUAAAGUUUUAAAAUGUAAAUAUGCACUGACUAUUAAAGUCUGUUUUUAUAAAGAAAUGUAUUUUGCAAACAACUCUCAGGAUUUUCGUUUCUCACCAUGGUUUGGUUAUAUAAUUUAAACUUUUGCUAAAAUGGUUGAGGGUUUUGACUACAGUUUUGUUGAGACCCACUCUCAUUACAUCAUCCUGACUGACCUGAAAUUUGUGGUGAACCUCCUUGCUUUUGCCUUCAAGUGCCAGGACUACGAUAUGUGUGUGUGUCAUCUCCAGUACUGGUUUUGAAACAGGGUCUUACUGUAACCUCAUCUGGUCUGAAAACUCACUGGGAUCUGCUUGUAUUUGCCAUGUGUGCUAGCUAGAACUAAAAGUGUGUGCCACAAAACCCAGCUUGUCUGUAUUUUGAAGAGUUGCUUUAAUGUUUAAAAGAUCACAUACAAGGUUGGUAAUGCCUCUCCAUUAAUGAUGGUAAGUGAGUUCAGAGAUGUUUAUAGGUUGAGAAUGUGCUAGAAGGCUUGUGUAGGGCCUGUAAGAUAAUGGGUAUGAAACUUCAGCAUCUCCAGAAAACAGAAUGGCCCUCCAUGUUUCUAUUCAUUGGAGAGAAACUUGGAGAAUAUUGUGAGGGUCAGUGUACAGCAAGGGGUCACAUGAAACAGUUGUCAGUUGGUAGAGGGGAUUCUGAGUAUUGGGAAGCAUGUGUGUAAUGCCAGAAAUACAGGAAAUAAAGAUUUGGAAUGAUGAGGAGGAGGCUAGAGGUGAUGGGGCCAGAUGAAGAGAACCUGACUGGAGUUUAGUUGCUUUAUGAGCCUGGUAGAGGGACUAACUCCAGCUGAGAAACACCAAGUUGAGAAGUUUAUGGUCUGGUUCCUAGCAGCAAAUACCCACUAGAAUUGGGGGAAAGACUGAAGAUGGAGGAGAUAACAUUUAGUGACAAAGGCAGUCGUUCUAAAGAAAAAAAGUCUCUUGCCUCUUCCUAAGGGGAAGGGUUAUGGUGCUACAGUGGGCUGACAUCAAGUAAGUUGGUAGUAACAAAGAUGGUUUGGAAAGCCAGGAAGUUGGGCACAGACUGUGGGUUGUGGGCUUAUGGGAACUAUCUCAGUGAUUGGCCAGGGAAAAAUGAAUCAAGAGGACAGGCUCACUGUUUAGGCAGGGAACAACUAGAAGACGGAGGCUGGUCUCAGCAUACCCCUGAUACCAGGAAGGCUAUAGCAGGCUUCCAGGCACACUCGCUGUCUAGAUCAGAGAAGGGCCGGUGGGAGAAGUAUUACUUUUCCAGUGGUGAAUUUGGGAACACUUCUCCAAGGCUUGACCAUUGGAGGUACACAAUAGAAUUUGAGGGUGGGAAAGGAGUUUGAGGCAAGAUUUACACCACCCUUUCCGUGCCCUGUGUCCAGCUGAAGAACAAUACGGACAGAACUAUUUUACCUGAAAUGGCUAAAUGACACCAGAGGGGACUGUGAUCUAAAUAUGUCUGUAAAAACUACAAAAUAAACAUUUGAAAGGA